AUGAGCGAGCGUGUGUCACUGAGGAGUGUCGAAUGGAGCACAUUCCAGCAUGUCAACCCUCGUGGACAACAAGAAGUAGUAAUCUACACGACCAACACAAAUUCAGACUACAAAAAGUGCCCACAAAGCGUAAAAGUGGCCGCAUUUGAUAUCGACUGGUGUCUUGUACGACCAAAAGGAAUGAAAAAAUAUCCGAAAGACUCUCUGGACUGGGAAUGGCUGUUUCCCUGUAUUCCGGACACUCUUUCCAGGCUGCGGCUUGAAGGAUACGAAAUAGUCAUGUUCAGCAAUCAAAAACUCGCCGGUCGGUCUCCCAAACACUUUUUCCUCUUUCAGAAAAGAACAAAAAAUUUUUUGCGAUUUUUGGAAUCGUGGACAGUUCUCUCCCCGGUGAGUGGAGUCCUCUACCGCAAACCGUCAAUACGUCUGUGGGAACUGUACGAACGUCUAUUCCACGGAGGUCACCACGUCGACCGAGUUGGGAGUAUUUUCGUGGGGGAUGCCGCAGGAAGAAAAGAUGAUUUUGCCUGCAGUGACCGACAAUUUGCCUACAAUGUUGGCUGUGGUCGGAUUUCUGUCUUAUUUUAA